UUUUCCAGACCCCGGGCUUUCCUUGCCGCCUAUCCCAACCCCCAUUCAACCUCUAAUUUCUCAAGCGUUUACCCUCUCCUCUCCCAUGCAAAACCAUCUUCUCCACCUUGGCCUUGUGUCAUCCUGAACUCCUAUACAUUCAUUCUUUUGUACAUAAUUUUACCUGGGUUAUCAGUACUCAAAUAUAGCUGAUAUAACACAAAUCGAUGAACGGAUACAGUGCGAAUAAUUACAUAAAAUAUAAUUAAACUUAUUACUUUUGUAUUCUUAAAUUUGGUCUUUUCUUGUUAUCGAAGUUGGAAUAAAUGCACAGGCAGAAUUUCUUAUAGGCAUACUACUGGAAAACAAGUCAAACACUGCAGUAGGCCAACAUUAUAUUAAUCCUGAAGACAUCGUCCAGAAUAUUUUUUUUGUUCAGAGUACAUCGUGCAUUAUUCAUCACUUGGUGGCCUCUGAAAUGGUUGUACAGUUUCUCGACGAUGAUAAUGACGUGAUUGAAAGGUUAUUUAAUCAGUGUUCUGACGUAACGACUGCCAAUCAGACAGUGCACAUGCGCGUUGCGUAGUGUGAUGAAUCUCGUCUUGCGUUCGAGCUGUCGACGACAUCUGAGGUAAAGCGUUGACAUGAAGAGACAUCCGUGCAGAAGAUGCCAAGAGACAUCUCCAGUAUUAUGCAUGAUUUCUCUGUGGUGAAUUCAGCUAAUUCGUAAGCGCUGCAUCAUGGGAAGCAGACCGUCAUCAUCGUAUGCGGGAACCAACGGAACACUGACGAACCAAGCCGAGACUGCGUUAAGAACUGAAAAUAAUCAACUUAAAGAAAAAAUCAACGCAUUUGAAAAACUUGAACCCGACAAACUUAAACAGGAGAACGAAGAACUUAAAAGACUGAACGAGGAACUACAAACGGAGCUACAGAAUAUUCGGGAAUCAACCUCUCAAAAGUCAAUUACUGAUUCAUCAGAGCAAGUGAACAACAUGGAACGUGCCAACAAAGAAACAAAAGAAAAGCAAAGAUCAACGAGAAGAAUUAAUUCGAAUCUUACGCCUCAAAGAAUGAGCGAUAUCGACGCGUAUGGCCAAGGAAUUCCAUUAGAAAAGCAUCCUCCUAUUACAAUCAAGAGUCGCCGUAAACGACACAAGAAGAAAGAUACGAAUGGUGAACCCGAUGAAUCUGAACGUGGUUCGGCCAAGGAAACAAACAAUGACCAAUCACAUGAAAUGGGCAAGGUGAAUGACCAGGGGCAAAGAGAGCCAACUGAGAGUUUAACCCCUGAGAAGGAUCCCGACGCGACAUCGGUUAACAAGGAGCAGCAAAUUGCCAUUGAUUCAGGGCAAUCUCUUGGAAGCACGACCCCGUGUCUGUCGGUUGUUGAUGAUGAUGAUGAAAAGAAGUCAUUUCAAGAAAGUGACUUAUUGUCGUAA